ACCUCAUCUCGAAACUCUCGAAAAGUUUGUUUUAUGGGUUGAAAGUUUCUGUUUUUGCAAUUUAGUCCCUGGAGAAAUUGAAUAUUCUAUUACAUGUCUUUCUAUAAAUAGGAUUUUAUUUUCUAAUUUUUCUUUUUUUCGCUCAAUCUCGAAACCAAACGCAGAAACUUCAUCUUCAUGUCGCGGCAGAGAUCCAAAAGAUUCGAACUUCCUCCCGGUCAAGAGAAUGUUGAUAAAUUGGAGAAAGUUGUAAAAGAUGGGAAUUACUAUGGAGCUCAACAGAUGUAUAAGUCCAUCAGUGCCAGAUAUGUAACUGCUGAGAGGUACUCUGAAGCAUUAGAUAUCCUACAUUCGGGAGCAUGCCUUCAAUUAGCUCAUGGACAGGUUACCUGUGGAGCAGAGCUUGCUUUGUUGUUUGUGGAGACAUUAGGGAAAGGGAAAGUUCCUUUUGAUGAUGAAACUCUUGAUCGUCUCAGAAAAAUAUACGAUGGAUUUCCACGGGUUCCACUGCCACAACACCUGUGGGAUGUCGAUGACAUGCAGCAACUUUCGGAAAAUCUUGGAUGUGCAAAGAUACGUGUUGAGGGCUGUUCCUCAUUCUUAAAAGCUGCUAUCAAGUGGUCUUCUGAAUUUGGAACAAGUAGUAGUGGAGCUCCAGAACUGCACAUUCUUCUGGCGGAGUACAUAUUCUCUGAAAGUCCUGAGGUGGAUAUGAAUAGAGUGACAUAUCAUUUUGUGAGAGGAAAUAAUCCGAUCAAGUUCGCUACUAAUUUAGUGAGCUUUUUGGGCAGGUGUUAUCCCGGUGAAGAUGAUUUGGCCAUUGCUCGGGCUGUGUUAAGGUAUUUAUCUUUAGGUAAUUUGAAGGAUGCGAACAUACUAGUGGAGGAGAUAAAGAAGCAAACUGAAGCUUCAGAGGUUGAGUUUCCAAAGACAGACUUGAUGCAAUUCAUCAAUUUUCUUUUGCAAACGAUGGAAAGAGAUGCUUUUCCUCUUUUUAAUAUGUUGAGAGCAAACUUCAAGUCAUGUAUUGAGAGGGAACCGGCCUUCAAUGAGUUGCUAGACGAUAUUGCGGAGAAAUUUUAUGGUGUGCAGAGAAGGAACCCCAUGGGGAUGUUUGGAGAUAUAUUCAAGAUGAUGGGAGCUGAGUAGUGACAUUCACGGUUGAGAUUCUACUGAUAGAACAGCAAUUUCAACAGAAGAUUCUAAUAAUUUAGUUAUAGAACCUUUUUUUCAAUGAUAGAGCAAAUUUAUGUCAGCAAACAAAAUCCUUGUGUAAUUUAUUGAUGAGGUUUAUUUUGAUGAUUAUGCUAUGAUAUGUAAAAAAUAGUUUUCACAAUUUUGAUAAAAACUAACUGUUUCUAAAUUUCAA